AAAUUCUAAAGUAGUUCUGCAAAUAAAGACAAAAAAAAACUUUAAAACGGUAACUACGUAAAUCUAAAUAUUUUUCAAACAUCCAAUUCGGUGCUUCCCCUAAAUUUUGAUCCGUUUGAAAAGUUACGCUUGGUUGGUUUCUAUUGUAUCAUAUUUCUAUUAUCACAAAUUAGAAGUUCAAUUAAAAUACAAAAAUGAGAGUAUUUAAUUAAAAACACAACUUUUUAACGUAAAAAGUGGUAGUGCAGUAAAUACUGUCUCUAAAUUCCAAAAUACGAGCAUAAAUUUUGAUUCAAGAGAGCAUUUUUUCUUUUUUUAUAUCACGCUUCAAUGGUUGCUACGUCACAGAGUAGCGUUCGCGAUGUUAUCUUUAUCAAAUACCUCAAUAAAUAUUUGUUUUUAGCAGAUUUAUUUAGCCGGUUAACAAAUUCAUGUUGCAAGUGAUCAGCAUAGUUGUGGAGGUGUAAAUUGGCCUUUAUUCGGCAAUAUAAGCAUCAGUGACGUCACAAUGGAAACGCCGUACACAGAAGCAGCGAACAAAAUAACAGAUGAUAUCGACGUUUGUGACGUAGCGGGGAUAUUCGAGAAAUUGAAACAAUGCGACUUCGAGAUGUUCGAACCUAAAGGAUAUGGAGAUGUGAAGACUUUGUUCCAUGAUGACGUGAUUGAAGCGAUAUCGAAAGUCGCGAACAUUGCUGCCGAUAUUAUGACGUCACAGACACCGAACGCGAUCGUUAUCAGCGGUUGUGGAACUUCUGGUCGCGUCGCAUUCUUAACAGCCAGGUCUCUCAAUAAAAUUGUUCCUGGUGAAAAAUUCCGAUACACGAUUGCUGGGGGAGAUAAGGCAUUGUUCACGUCACAAGAAGCACCGGAAGAUAAUAGAAAAGCCGGAGUUAACGAUUUGAUAAAAAGCACCAUUGAUGACGUCAAGGUCCUAUACAUCGGCAUCACAUGUGGAUUAUCGGCGCCUUACGUGGCUGGACAGCUAGACUACUGUAUGGAUAAUUUGGACAAAUUCGUACCAGUGAUUAUAGGUUUUAACCCAGUAUAUCUUGCCAGAAAGAAUCCGAUUUACGAUUGGGAUAAAACCUUCUACGAUGUGGUGACGAGAUUAGAAAGAUUGACGUCACAGCGAAAAGGGUUCCUAAUUAAUCCAGUGUUAGGGGGUGAGGCGAUCACAGGCAGUUCUCGAAUGAAAGGAGGUUCAAUCACCAUGGUGAUAUUACAAACUAUUUUUACUCAUGCGUUAAACGGUGUCUUGACGUCAUCAGAUAUGACGUCACAACUUGAAUGCAAAAACCUUUUGAAAAGUUACCAAAACACUUGCAGAUUAUUCUAUGAGUCAUCUACGACCACCGUGACCACUUUAAUGACGUCAGCGACUCAGAGUUUAAAGUCAAACAGUAGCGUUUAUUACGUCAGUUCCGGAGGAAGCGGUGUGCUUGGGAUAGUUGAUUCUACUGAGUGCAUACCAACUUAUGGGGCAAGUCUUGAUGACGUCAGAGGCUUUAUAGUUGGAGGUUACGGAGAGUUCAACAACGCAGAAGGCGAUAUUGGAAGCUUGGGGAAGAAUUAUCAAAUCGGGUGUGACGAUUUAAGCAAGUUACUCAAGUUACGUGACCUGGAACACAACGACACGAUACUCGUUGUAGCGAAAAGCUGGGACGAUCCGGUUUUGAACGAAAUUCAAGUUGAAAAAGACUUAGGAACGCAGUUGAAGCUUGUAGCGGCAUCACAAUCAAACGUUUAUGUCGUCGUAAUAGACACGGAACAAGGAAAACGCGAGAAAAAUAUGCCAGAUUACGUCGCGAAAUUGUUUGUAAUUUCUAUUGAUUUAAACGAAGUGAAAAACUCGGUUAGCUCCGCAUUGACGCCUAGCGGUAUAGGAAUUACUGAGUGAGAAUUUGAUCGAAAUUUGCAGCAAGUGGAUUUUCAAUGCGGUGUCUACAGGAGCCCAUGUUCUUAUUGGAAAAGUGUUCCGUAACUACAUGGUCGAUUUAAAAGUGAGCAAUCAGAAACUAUUCCAUCGUUCAAUCGGUAUCAUACAGAGGUUUUGCCCGAGUGUAUCGGAACAGGAAGCUAUGACGUAUUUGUUGAAAUCCAUCCAUGACGUAACUAACGUUGAUGACGUCAUGCAUAGAUCGAUUAAGGAUCAUGUUUUACGAGCAACGCCGAAAGAUAAGGUUGUUCCCACCGCUAUCGUCAUGGCAACAACGAAAUGUGACGUCACACAAGCGCGUCAGCUUCUUUCCAAGUAUCACGUGAUUCGGGAUGCUUUGUCAUCGGUUGUGACGCCAUAAUGAAACAACAAUGCAAUAAACACCUACGCAAUAUUCCCUGCGCAUAAAGAUCUUAUAAAAUCACAAGUUUAACGAGAAUUUUUUAUUUCAAGACAUUUAAUUUGUGCCAUGGACGGUUUAUAACAGUAAUGCUUUGUAAGCAAUGCUAUUUAAUGUAGAGUUUCUCAAACAAUGAAAAACAACUUCAUUAGUAAUUGGCAAUCAUAUAUGAAUAUUUUGCUCUGUAUGAUGAUUGAUGCUGUAUUGCCAAAUGGCUUUCCAAACACGUGUACCAUGGGGUAAUGGGGUGUUGUGAAACUAUUAUUACUUAAUUAUAAUUUACGAAAAGUUUUGGUAUAUAUUGUGUGAGAUUGGAAAAAUGGGUUGGUUGUGCUAUGAGACUUAUAAGUUUAAGAACCAUUGUAUUAAUGCAUGUCGUGUUUGACCCAUAGCAGCAAAUCAUUGAUAUACACUACAAUGUGAUUCGAAAAAAGUUGCGUUUUUUGUAAAUUGAGCAAAAUUUUAGAUUUAAUUUUUAAUUAUAGCAAUUAUUUAGCAACUUAUACAAAGCAUGAGAUAAUUUUAAAGAAAAAGUUACUAAAAAUGACAUUUCAUUGUUCGUUUACAGUUUUAGCUUAAAAAGAAACAAAGAAAUAUCACUAAAGUAGUUUUAAAAUGGUUUCAAACACAUUGUAGUGUAAACAAGAAUU